AUGUGCCUUCUUGUUUUUACAGAGUUCGAGGUGGCCAACUUUUCGAAUGCGUUGACUGAUGAGAUGUGCGAGCUUUGCGCCAGAGUGGACCGCGCCUUGACUGCACCGGGUGGAUCAUUACUGCUAGCCGGUCGACCUGGUCUUGGUCGCGCUGAUGCGAUCCGCCUCAUUGCGAAUAUGCAUCAAAUGGCCCUCUUCACACCGAAGAUUACGCCUAAUUACGGACAAAAACAAUUCGAUUCGGAAUUGAAAAAUGCGAUCCAGACGGCGAUCUCUAAUAGUGAACAUGUCGUGUUUCUGAUCGAAGAUUACAAAAUCCUCCAACAAAGCUUCCUCGAAUCGAUUAAUUGCCUAAUCUCCAGUGUGGCGUUAAGUUCGCUGGUCUUUCCCACCUCAGUCGGAUCUUGUAUUUGUAAUAGUAGGAGCUGUUUUGGUCAAAUGACACUCUGA